AUGCAUUGGUUGUCAAAAUGGCUCCUAGUAGGCAGUUUAGCAGCAUGGUUGAGCUACUAUCGUCACUGGACAUCUCAGCUUGUCAGAACUAAUACGGCAGGCUUAUCACGGAUUGCAACUUCUGUAGCAAAUAAUACUGAUUCAUAUCAAUUUUUGAAUCGAUCUCAACAAAUAAAUGAUUCAUAUUUCGAAUUUGAAAAUAUUAUAUAUGCACAUGGCCUUUGUGGAGAUCUUCAAGUACCAUCAACGAAACGACCCUGUACACCAGUUCUUCAUAUACAUCUUAAUCAAAUAGAAUUCUUCACUCUUCUACAAGGUCAAUUAGCCUAUCAAUUAGAUGAUAAAGUAUAUUCAUGCAAUAUUCACACAUGUCCUCAGCCUCUUGUUGUGCCACCUCUUGUUCCACAUACAUUUUGGAUGGAUGAUAAUAAACAAGAUCUCAUUGUACGUGUUCGUGUUGAAUCGAUAAAAAAAGACAGUGGUGUUCGACAAGGAUUCUUUGAAAAUCUUGCUGGUCUCUUACGCGAUCGACAUUUAUCCAUUUGGCAAAUAUUUGUACUUUUUGAAAAUGCUCAAACCUAUCCAGCAACAUUACCAUUACCUCUUGUGAAAUUAAUGUUUAAAAUAGGUGCUCCCAUUGGUCGAUUACUUGGCUAUAAAAACGAAUAUAAAGAAUAUACAACAAUUUUAGAAGAAUUGAAAUAA